CUGCGCGCAGGUGAGCUAGCCAGGGCGGAGCGCGGCGGACCGGGUGCCAGGCUCCGGCGCCCGCGGCCGCCGCUCCGAAUCACAGUCUAUAGUUGUUUUCCCCAUCAAGGGCGCCCCAGAGCCAUGGCUGGCCAGAACUGCAGGGUCACCGUUGUACUGCUGGGGGGCCUGCUACUGCUUGCGGUGCGCCUGAUGCGCGGGGCAGAGGCUUCUGAGAUUGCUCUGCCCCAAGGAAGCAACAUUACCAUUCUCAUAAAGCGGGGGACAUCAGCUCCACCAGCGAAGCCCUGCUUCAUCAUCGUUUCUAAAAGGCAUAUGACUGUGUUGUUCAUCAAAGCUGGAGAGAAAAUGGUCUUUACCUUUAGCUGCCAGGACCCACAGAACCACUUUGUCAUGGAGAUCCAGAAGAAUAUCGACUGCAUGUCAGGCCCCUGUCCUUUUGGGGAAGUUCAGCUUCAGCCCGCGACAUCGAGGUUGCCCACCCUCAACAGAACUUUCAUCUGGGACGUCAAAGCUCACAAGCGCAUCGGCCUGGAGCUGCAGUUCUCUCUCCCACGGCUGAGGCAGAUCGGGCCCGGGGAGAGCUGUGCCGACGGGGUCACUCAUUCCAUCAGCGGCCGCAUCGAUGCCACUGUGGUCAGGAUCGGCACCUUCUGCAGCAAUGGCACUGUGUCCCGGAUCAAGAUGCAGGAGGGAGUGAAGAUGGCCUUGCACCUGCCGUGGUUCCACCCCCGAAAUGUCUCUGGCUUCAGCAUUGCCAACCGCUCGUCUAUAAAACGCCUGUGCAUCAUCGAGUCUGUGUUUGAAGGGGAAGGCUCAGCCACCCUGAUGUCUGCCAACUACCCACAAGGCUUCCCCGAGGAUGAGCUUAUGACGUGGCAGUUUGUGGUCCCCGCACACCUGCGGGCCAGCGUCACCUUCCUCACCUUCAACGUCUCCAACUGUGAGAAGAAGGAAGAGCGGGUGGAGUACUACAUCCCCGGCUCCACCACCAACCCCGAGGUGUUCAAGUUGGAGGACAAGCAGCCCGGGAACAUGGCUGGGAACUUCAACCUCUCCCUGCAGGGCUGUGACCAAGACGCCCAGAAUCCAGGGAUCCUGCGACUGCAGUUUCAAGUUUUAGUCCAACAUCCACAGAAUGAAAGCAAUAAAACCUACAUAGUUGACUUGAGUCAGGAGCGGACCAUGUCAAUCACCAUCGAGCCACGCCCCGUCAAACAGAGCCGCAGAUUUGUCCCUGGCUGCUUCGUGUGUCUGGAGUCUCGGACCUGCAGUAACAACGUCACCCUGACACCGGGCUCCAAGCACAAGAUCUCCUUCCUUUGCGAUGACCUGACACGCCUGUGGAUGAACGCAGAGAAAACCAUAAGCUGCACAGACCACCAGUACUGCCACAGGAAGUCCUACCAGCUCCAGGUGCCCAGUGACCUCCUCCAGCUGCCCGUGCAGUUGCACGACUUCUCCUGGAAGCUGCUGGUGCCCAAGGACAGGCUCAGUCUGGUGCUGGUGCCCAAACAGAAGCUGCAACAGCACACUCAUGAGAAAGUCUGCAAUACCAGCUUCAGCUACCUCGUGGCCACACACCAGGCCACCCCUGGUCAGGAACUGUACUACGGCUCCUUCUGCCCUGGCCCUGGAGGCUCUAUCGAGCAGAUCCAGGUGAAGCAGAACAGCUCCGUGACCCUCCGGACCUUUGCUCCCGGCUUCCAACAAGAGUUCUACAAGCAGGGCCUGACCGUGUCCUUCACCCCACACUUCAAAGAGGAUGGGAUUUUCACCGUGACGCCAGACACAAAGAACAAGGUCUACCUGAGGACCCCCAACUGGGAGCGGGGCCUGCCAGCCCUCUCCUCCUUGUCCUGGAACAUCAGUGUGCCCCGUGAUCAGGUGGCCUGCCUGACCUUCUUCAAGGAGCGCAUCGGCGUGGCCUGCCAGACGGGGUGGGCGCUCAUGAUCAUCCAGGAGCAGAGGUCGCAACCAGAGGAGAUCUUCAACCUGGAGGAGGUCAUGCUCCCCAAGCCAAGCUUCCACUAUCACAACUUCUGGGUCAACAUCUCCAACUGCAGCCCCGUGAGCGGCAAGCAGCUGGACCUGCUCUUCUGGGUGACUCUCACCCCAAAGACCCUGGACCUGACUGCUAUCAUCAUCGCUGUGGUGGCAGGUGGGGCCUUGCUACUGUUGGCCCUCGGACUCAUCAUUUGCUUCGUGAAAAGGAAGAAAAAGAAAAGCAAAGGCCCUGCUGUGGGCAUCUACAAUGGCAAUGUCAACACCCAGGUGCCGAGGCAGCUGAAAAAGUUCCAUAAAGGAAGAAAGGACAAUGACUCCCAUGUGUACGCAGUCAUCGAUGACACCAUGGUGUAUGGACAUCUGCUGCAGGAUUCCAAUGGGUCCUUCCUCCAGCCAGAGGUGGACACCUACCGGCCCUUCCAGGGCCCCACGGGGGACAGCCCUCCCUCCCCACCCCCCAUAUGCUCCAGGACCCCAACUGCAAAGUUGACCACAGAGGAGCUGCCCCCUUGCAUCUCUCCUGAGUCUGAGAGCGAACCCUACACCUUCUCCCACCCCAACAAGGUGGAGGUAGGCAACGGGGACACAGACAUUCCCUUGCUGGAUACCCAGGAGCCUGUGAAGCCAGCUGAGUAACUUUAGAUCCUUUCCAAAGACUUUGCUGAGAUGCACAAAGCAAGGCACUGAGACACUCCUACUGUGUUCCUGCCCAGAACUCCUAGAGAAGCCUAUGGAAGAAGAGCAGGAUUUCCUGGCCGCCACUGUCAGAUUUCCCAGUGGACUCGUUCCAGUGGUGAGAUGUAGAAAAGGAGGGAUUCGGACCUGGAUACAGUCACCCUACAGUGUUGUAGGGUAGUCCAUAAAGAGACGUGAGUCACCCGAUAGAGGGGUCGCCACAAGCCCGGAUUUGUAGUCUUGCCCACUUCAUGGUGACAAUUCUGAUUCCUAGGAGCCCACCUGAGGUCCUGGCUCUCAUUAGAGUCCCCUGGAUGGAAAGGACACUGUGCCUUAUUAUUAUUUAGGUGGUGUUCCUAUGUAUUUAAGUGGUUAAAUGUAUCACCACACAGUUCUUUUCACCUGAUAUAAUAUGGACUUGUGCCAACUGGUUCCUAUGGCGGGGCUUUGACUUCUACCAGCCACUAGAUAAACUUGUGCUUGUCCCCCGUGAGGUGCGAUAAUUUGCAGUCUGUCCCACCAGAAAAGGGUAUGUGUGGGAGCUGCAGGGACACCCACCUGCUUGACACCCAUCUGCUUGGGAAAGAGACUUCCUGAUUCUCUGCAGCUAUGUAGAGUGAUCCCACUGCAGACAUUUAGCUUGUGUUCCUUUGUCUUUUACUCCUAGAGAGAAAUUUCUUUGAGUUGCCAUGUGUGGCUCUCCCAGCGGCAGCAAGACUCUGACAUUUAAACAAAAAUUUAGAGAAUACUUUCCUCCUCCAAAAAUGUUUAAAUACAUACCAGAGAGUAAGCCACCUGGGUUAGCUUCUGUUGCUACUGCAACACAUUAUUAUUUGGUGGCUUCAAAGCAACGCAAAUAUAAUGUCUUACCGUCUAGAGAUCAGAAUUCCCAAAUGGUUCUCUUUGGGCCAGAUUCCUGGCAUAGACUCUAGAAUUCAUUUCCUUAGCUCUGGUGACUGACUGGUCAGGUCUUUCUCAUACAACAUCACUGGUCACUGACUGCCCUACUUCCCUCUUCUACUUCUGAAUCCAGGAUGCUCUCCCCACCUCAAGAUCCUUACCAUCGUAGCUCAGUUGGUAGAGUGCUUGCAUGCACAAGGCCCUGGGUUCAAUCCCCAGCACCCCAGGAAAAGAAGAAAAAGAGAUCUUUACCAUCCAUAGUGGAAAAGUCCCUUCUGUCAUGUAAGGUAGGGAUUGGGACCCUGCUGGUAGGGUGCCAUUAAUCUCCCUGACUCACCUUCCUGCCACUGACACCCACAGAGAAACUACAAAAUGAUGCAGCUCACCGGAUGUUUUGUUUAGCCUGCCGUCUUUUUAAAGAAUUUGUGACUAAUGUUUAAAACUCCAAAAUAUUGCAUUAAAAUCCAGAGCAGAAGAUCUGCCCUCACUGAGCUCACACUCAACCCAGUGAUUGGCUGGACGCGGUUGUUGGUAGAAAGGUGCUCCCACAGAAAUGCCGUUCCUGUAAUGGAAAGACCCGGACCCUCGUCUCUUCCCCAGUGAGAAGCUAGACCACAAGCCUGGCCUGUGUUUCAGGAAAGUGUUUCCUCCUAAUGUGUCUCCUUCCUGUAUGCAAAUCACCAGCCCCAUUCCUGUGAACCUUUGCCAGCCGGCUCUGCUCUAACCUGGGAGACGAGCAGCAAUGCAAAGUUCAGUACUUCCUGCAAAGAAUAAAGGUGACUCUUGUUGUGUUCCUCACCCUAGAAGUGCACCACCUCUCCUGGUCAGGUGGCCUCAGUGGAAGGGCGUUGGACAGUCACCUGGAUGGGGUGUACUCCACACACUUGACCUCUUUCCAGAAGGAAGAGGAUUUAUUUCUCUGAUCAUACCCUGUCCUUUUUGAAAGGCUGGCUCCGCCCACCUCCUUUCAGACUCCACCCCAAAUGCUGGGGUUGACCAUACAUACUAUUAUCACUUGCAAGGUCCCCUUAUGGACAUUUUGCUUUUUUUGGGGGGGGGGGGAAUCCUAGGGAUUGAACUCAGGGGCACUUAACCACUGAGCCACAUCCCCAGCCCUUUUUUGUAUUUUUUUAAGAGACAGUGUUGCUGAGUUGCGUAGAGCCUCACUCAGUUGCUGAGGCUGGCUUUGAACUCUCAAUCCUCCUUCCUCAGACUCCCAAGCCACUGGGAUUACAGGCAUGUGCCACCGUGCCCAGUGGGCUACAUUUGCUUUUAAGGGAAGGCUCAAGACUCUGGGCUGAGUUGCUGGCCCCCUGAUCCUGCAGGUGGGUGAGUCUUCCCUGAACCCAGGCUCAGAGAAGGGGCCCAGUCUGAGCAUGUGGCUCUUUAAGGCCCAGACCCCACUUAUGUACAAUAUUUCCAGGACUCUGGAGACCGGUCAAAUGUCAUGUUGAUUUUUGCUGUGUGCCAGCAUCGUGCCCUUCCACCCUAGAUCUGCAGAUGCCCAGGCAGCCCGUAUGCCCCUUCUGCUUCAUCUGUGAGCGGGGCUGGCUCACACAGGAUUGAUCUUCAGUGCUGCGGACACUGCAUGGGAGGGAAAGUUCUCCAAGAGGAGUCAAGAGGGCAAGCCGAAGUCCAGACCUCAGGAGAGGUUAGGGGAUGGUUCGUGUGGAUCUGCAAAAGCUGGAAAUAAUUUAUUUAAUGUAGAUACUUUUUACGUAGCAUUUUAUUCAUUUCCUAUGCUUUUUUAAAAUAAA